GGCCACGGAAGUGCGGUCCCUCACAGGCCCCUCCUCCAAGAUGGCGGCGCCCUGCGCUUGGAUCCCGGACCUAGCUUUGCUCAACUGCGAAUCAAAGCCUUGACGGGGGAUGUGGGAUCAUGGACUCCCCGGGAUUCACGACUUCGCUACUGGCUGGUGGGGUAGCAGGUGUCACCGUUGACUUGGUAUUAUUUCCUCUGGAUACCAUUAAAACGAGACUACAGAGUCCCCAGGGAUUUAAUAAGGCUGGUGGUUUUCGUGGAAUAUAUGCUGGUGUUCCUUCUGCUGCUAUUGGAUCCUUUCCUAAUGCUGCUGCCUUUUUUAUCACCUAUGAAUAUGUGAAAUGGCUUCUGCACACUGACUCAUCCCCGUAUUUGAUGCCCGUGAAGCACAUGUUGGCCGCCUCUGCUGGAGAAGUGAUUGCCUGCCUGAUUCGAGUUCCCUCUGAAGUGGUGAAGCAGAGGGCACAGGUAUCUGCUUCGUCAAGUACCGUUCAGAUUUUUACUGACAUCUUGUAUCAAGAGGGCAUCCAAGGAUUGUAUCGAGGCUACAAAAGCACAGUUUUAAGAGAGUGUAACACCUGCGGUGCUUGUGCUUCCAACAGUAUGUCCAGCAAAAGAAAUCAUGCCACUGAAAGUUCUAAUCCAAAAAAGAAGGUGUGGAAAGCUCAAGACAUGGAUGUAAAGAUGAAGAUCAUGAAGGCAUGUGAUAAUGAAAAGAAAGUCGGUAAACUAGCAGAUGAGGAAGGACUGUCUCAUUUGACAGUUUGGACAAUCAUUAAAGGUAAGAAUAGGAUUUGGGAGGCAGUUAAAGGAGCGAUUGGCAUAAAAUCAACAAUUUUAACAAAGAGGCAAGGGCCAAUCCACGAGAUGGAGAAGCUGUUGAUUUGGAUAGAAGACCAAAUCCAGAAGAGGAUUCCUGUGAGUUUACUGAAGAUGCAAGCGAAAGCACGCAGCCUUUUUGCAAACCUGAAGGAACAACAAGGAGAAGACUAUGGGGAGAACUUUAAUGCCAGCAAGGGCUAGUUUCAUUGCUUCAAAUGCAGAAUUACCUUACAUAAUGGGUGCAUAACUGGAGGAGCAGGAAGCCCUGAAGUUGAAGUUGCCGAAAUAUUAAAGAUGAGCUAAACAAGGCAGAAGAGGAAGGAGAGAAGUUGUCAAAAAAUUCUACAGGGAAAGGAUUAGUUAGAGUUUUUUCUAAGCCAAAUCAGGGGCUUCAGUUGCUUGAAAACAUGGACCCAAAUGCUGAUUGCUUUGCUAAAGCCAAUAGGCAGAUUCAGGAAGCAGUGAGAUGUUAUCAUGAAAUACAUGAAGAAGAAAAGAAAAUGACCACAUAGACAACUCUUACCAAUUUUCUGAAUAGAAACGCCAUCACCCUUCCCAGGAAUAAUUCAGAUGAUCCAGAACCUUCCACAAGUGGAGUUGUUAUUGUACCUGGCAAAAUGCCAAUGUCAUCUAACUCUUCUUAAUUGUCGGAAUAGAUUUUUAUGAUUUUUGUAUUUUUUUUUAUGUCUGUACUUAUUAAAAUAUAUCUAUAAGUUUACAUGUAAUGUUUCCAACCCCCAAAGACAAAGUUUGGCUUUAUGAAGAUACUGAUAAAAGGCAAUAAUAAUGAAAACUGAAAAAGUAUUCAACUUAUGUCGGAACCUACUUACGUCAGAACUCAACUUAAGACAAAGUCAUCGAAAUGGAACCACAUCAUCAUAAGCUGGGGACUGCCUGUACUGCUGCCUCUCUGCCCUUAUCAAGCUCACUGUCUUCUCUUCUUCUGCUCCCCCAGCCCCUUUUGUCUUCGAAUUAUAUCAUAAACUGGUCAGUGCUGUAUUACUGCUUAGCCGCCUUGUUGCCACUUUGUGUUGAUGGGACUGGUUUCAAAUGUGUAUUUAACACCACUGCAUUAUUUUGGGGAAGUUGUGGGGGUGAUGGUGGAGGAAGAUACGUAGGUAGGUCAGUAGGUUGGUAGGUAUUGAUAGGUAGAUAGGUAAGUAAGGCGGGAGGGAAGGAAGAAGCAAGCAAGGUAGCAAGCUAACCAUGUGGCCUAACCACUGUAACAAACCUAUUUUUAUUUUUCAUGAUUCUUUUCAAGUUGUAAUUUUGCUUAAAUGCACAGAGGAUGUGUACUUGUAUAGGUCUAUAAAACCCAAACCCAUUGCCGUCGAUAGGUCUAUUGUUGUUGUUAGGUGCUGUCGAGUCUGUUCCGACUCAUAGCGACCCUAUACACAACAGAACGAAACACUGCCCGGUCCUGAGCCAUCCUUACAAUCGUUGUUACACUUGAGCUCCUUAUUGCAGCCACUGUGUCAAUCCACCUCAUUGAGGGCCUUCCUCUUUUCCGCAGACCCUGUACUCUGCCAAGCAUGAUGUCCUUCUCCAGGGACUGAUCCCUCCUGACGACAUGUCCAAAGUGUGUAAGAUGCAGUCCCACCAUCCUUGCUUCUAAGGAGCAUUCUGGUUGUACUUCUUCUAAGACAGAUUUGUUCGUUCUUUUGGCAGUCCAUGGUAUAUUCAAUAUUCUUCGCCAACACCGCAAUUCAAAGGCGUCAACUCUUCUUCCGUCUUCCUUAUUCAUUGUCCAGCUUUCACAUGCAUAUGAUGUGAUUGAAAAUACCAUGGCUUGGGUCAGAUGCACCUUAGUCUUCGGGGUGACAUCUUUGCUCUUCAACACUUUGAAGAGGUCUUUUGCAGCAGAUUUGCCCAAUGCAAUACGUCUUUUGAUUUCUUGACUGCUGCUUCCAUGGCUGUUGAUUGUGGAUCCAAGUAAAAUGAAAUCCUUGACAACUUCGGUCUUUUCUCUGUUUAUCAUGAUGUUGCUCAUUGGUCCAGUUGUGAGGAUUUUUGUUUUCUUUAUGUUGUGGUGUAAUCCAUACUGAAGGCUGUGGUCUUUGAUCUUCAUUAGUAAGUGCUUCAAGUCCUCUUCACUUUCAGCAAGCAAGGUUGUGUCAUCUGCAUAACAGGUUGUUAAUGAGUCUUCCUCCAAUCCUGAUGCCCCAUUCUUCUUCAUAUAGUCCAGCUUCUCGUAUUAUUUGUUCAGCAUACAGAUUAAAUAGGUAUGGUGAAAGAAUACAACCCUGACGCAUACCUUUCCUGACUGUAAACCACUCAGUAUUCCCUUGUUCUGUCCGAACAACUGCCUCUCGAUCUAUGUAAAGGUUCCUCGUGAGCACAAUUAAGCCCCCACGUGUCUGUCAGUUUGUUGUACUGUGGGGGCCUGUGUGUUGCUGUGAUGCUGGAAGCUAUGCCACCGAUAUUCAGAUACCAGCAGGGUCACCCAUGGAGGACAGGUUUCAGCUGAGCUUCCAGACUAAGACAGACUAGGAAGAAGGAUUCGGCAGCCUACUUCUUCCACUCUACUGAUAGGUCUAUACAUCUAUACAAAUGAUUUGAAUAUUAGGUAAAGAAUGUUUAUUGCUCCUGCUGGUCUUUUUAUUUAUUUUUAUAUUUGGGACUUGGGAAACCAGCAAUUAGAACAUUUUUAUUACCAGAAAAACAAAUUGCUUAAGAAAUAGGGAAAACCUGCGUGAAUAAGCAUGUACCUUUUUGCUGUAGGAUUUUGUAGAGAGGUUAGUUACUCAUUUUCCUCACCCCUCUUUGCUGUGUUCUAAGUAAAGAGAUGCUGAAAUGUGCUGGCUAGGAGGGGAGGAAAGUUGUAGGUGGACAGGACAACUAAUCUCUGCAUGCAAAUGCCAUCUCAGCUGCUGAAAAAGGUACAAAGAACAACCUGAUUACAUUUUGUGAGGGAUUAAAGUUGCAUGGAAAUUCCACUGAAGACAUCUGUUUCCUGACUGACUGCCAGAGUUCUAACAUCUUGACAGGAAUCCUAGUUUUGAAAUUUCUGAGUCUCAAGCACCUCCUUUAGCUAUUUUCUGGUUGUUAUCUUAGAACUUAAGUUAGCAAUGCUUAAUGUGUUGGAAAUGACUAUGUGUAAGAACUGAAGAUGAACCUUCAUUGGUUUCUAUACUGAAAAACAGACUUUUCAGAUUUUGCUAGCAAGAGUCAUCCUGAUUGCUGAGUGAUUAUUGUAAGAAUUGUGGGGUGAUCCACAGUUCAUUGAAGGAAGCCAGUAAAAAUAAAUACAUCACUGAAGGAAUCAGCGUGCAUGUGUAUGAAUGUAUAUGUAUUUAUAUAUAGAUCUUUUUUUCUUAACUUUCCUGAACUAAAUGGCAAUCUUUUUCGAGCAUUUCUAAUUUUAGUUUUUGAGAAUCCCAACUAACAGAAGUAGUUCCUUUGUAAAAUUUUUUUUAGGUAGAUCACAACUUGUAUGUUGUAUCUUCUUGUGACCUCAUAUUUACAUUACUAAAUCAGAUACCAAAAAAAAGAAACCCGUUCUCGUUGAGUAGAUUCCAACUCAUAGCAACCCUAUAGGACAGAGUAGAGCUGCCCCAUAGAGUUUGCAUGGAGUGCCUGGUAGAUUCGAACUGCUGACUUUUUGGUUAGCAGCCGUAGCUCUUAACCACUACACCACCAUUGGUAAUUCUUGAUACUGUAUGUCCCACUUCAUAAGUAGCACUGAGACUCCUGGAAGUGGUAUUAAUUCUUAAAGCAAAUACUGAACAUGAGCUGGGAGGGGGUUAGUGUUCAGUGGUAUCCUAGAAUCACUCAUGUGAAGUGUGAAAGCCAGUGUGAUUUUGUGAUUUUCUUUUUGAUUGAUUUGUUAGAUUAAGCUUGAUUCCUAAAGGAAGAGGAUUUCUUUGUGUUCUGAUUUAUCUGAGUAUUAACACUGGGCAUUUUCUAAGAAUAAUUGUGCUAAGGAAGGUUUAAUGCUGGGUGUUAACCUACCAUGUUAUAGUUGGGUAAGGUCAGAAAUAAUAUAUUUACAGUCUAUUUAAUAUAUCUAGAAUUUUCUGGCUAUGUCCUGAUUGAUUUUUUUAAAAAAUGGUGUUUUCCAAGGAAAAGAAUUAGAAAUAAACCAUCAGUGAGGUACAGUCAAGUGUUAUGGAAUAUUUCACAAUGGUCAAAAAGAAUGACAGAUCUCUGUUAAUCAGCAUGGAAAUAUGACUAAGGCAUUGGCUAGGGAAAAAGAUCAAAUUGUGGAACUAUAUGUAUUGUGGGAUAGGAGUAGUAAGAAAAACAUCUUUGCCAUGUUCACGAUCUUAAAGGGAAAAGCACUUAGUCUUUGUUAAGAAUAAUGUUAGUCACUAGCAAGCAACUAUCUAAGAUGCAUCAAUUGGUCUCAACCCACCUGGAUCAAAGAAUGAAGAACACCAAGGACACAAGGUAAUUACAAGCCCAAGAGACAGAAAGGGCCACAUAAACCAGAGACUACAUCAGCCUGAGACCAGAAGAACUAGAUGGUGCCCGACUACAGCUGAUGACUGGCCUAACAGGGAACACAAUAGAUAACCCCUCAGGGAGCAGGAGAGCAGUGGGAUGCAGACCCCAAAUUCUCGUAAAAAGACCAGACUUAAUGGUCUGACUGAGACUAGAAGGACCCUGGUGGCCAUGGCCCCCAGACCUUCUAUUGGCCCAGGACAGGAACCAUUCCCAAAGCCAACAUUUCAGACAGGGAUUGGACUGGACAAUGGGUUGGAGAGGAAUGCUGGUGAGGAGUGAGCUUCUUGGAUGAGCUGGACACUUGAGGCUAUGUUGGCAUCUCCUGCCUGGAGGGAAGAUGAGAGUGUAGAGGGGGUUAGAAGCUGGCGAAAUGGACGCGAAAAGAGAGAGUAGAGGGAGGGAGCUGGUUGUCUUGUUAGGGGGAGAGCAAUUGGGAGUAUGUAGCAAGGUGUAUAUGAGUUUUUGUGUGAGAGACUGACUUGAUUUGUAAACUUUAACUUAAAGCACAAUAAAAAUAAAAAAAUAAUGUUAGCUAUAUUCGACAGCACUGGGUACUGGGUAUAUGCUUUUAGUAGGUGGCCUUUAUCAGAUCAAGGAUGUUCCCUUCUAUUUUUAUUUUACUGAACAUUUUUAUUAUGAGUAAGUGCCAAAUACACACAUUUUAGAAACAGUGAAACUUGUUUUUAGGACUUCAGAAGUAUGGUGGAUUAUAGACUCAUUUGACUUUGCCAUUAUCUUCAUUACAAGGUAGUGUUAUAUGAUUGGCACAGUAACUUGUAAAUUGAUUUACUAGGAGCUACUUCCGCCCAGACAAAUUACUAUGAUGAUUUUGUAGAAUAUAGAGAAAGAAAAUUUAGUCAUUGCCUUCACAUGUAACGUUUAUUAAGCCCUUCCUGUGCUUGGUGCACUGAGUUACUGGUUGGCAGUACCUUCACCGCCCCUGCCCCUGAGGUCUAAAAGACUGAAUUGAAAAUCAAACUGCUCACACUCUUUCCUUUCUGUUUUAGAUUUUGACAUUCUCGUUUCUAUUUUGUGCUUUCUUUGGAAAGAUGCUUUAGAAAUUUUAGUAUGUAUUAUAAAUCUGAGGUGUAAUUAACUUUAAAUUUUUGCUACUUUUAUAUUAGUUAAUUUCCUUCAUUCGGUGGAAGUUCUUUCCCUGUAUGUACAGUGCCCAUAAAUGGAUUAUAGUUGUUAAAUUAAAAAGUCAAAAUGUAGUUACUGUUAGAAUUCUAGCAGAUCAGCUCUGAAUGAUUCUCUCUCUCUCUUUCUUCCCUUAAGGAUGGUGGUCACUUUGAGGCAAAAGGUUUUUAGAUCUUCAACUUCAUUUGUCCGUGGUUACCACUGGGGCUCGAUGGGAAAAGGCCCAGAGUAUUUAAGAGGAGAAUGACUUUGUUAUCUGUGUGACACUUAAAUGAAAAGCCCUAAGUCAAGCACAGAAAUUUAUACAUUGUCAUGCAACAAAAAGGAGACUGUGGGUCACUUACAGGGUCCCUUGAAAAUGAGAAUGCUCUAGUCCUUGGACCUACUCCCGUAUCCACGGCCUGGGCUGCCACUUCCAUGCUGUUCUUAAAACCGCUUCUAAUUUGAGGUUGUAUCAAACCAUUUCUGUAAUUUGUCGUUGUUGUUCUUACUGCUAGAGUUUUUUUGGGCGUUUCUGCCGAGCGUGAUGGCUUUCACAACUUGUUAAAUGUACUUCCUUGUUCCUUAGGCUUCCUGGAUUACUCAUAGUAGUAUUGUGUUCAUUGCAGUUUCUAAUGCUUUUUUUUUUUUUUAGUGGUAUUCUAAUGUGGUCUUUCCAAGAACAACAAUUAGAAUUUUAGAACUAAAUGAUACCCUGGAAGUCAUAUCUUCAUAUCCCCUCAGUUAUAUUACAAAUUACUUCGUUAUUUAUUAAAGGACCAUAAGGUUAUAAACAUUUAUAAGAUCACAGGGUUAUACCCAUUGAUUAGCUUCAGGGAUCAUUCUAGUCCAGUACUUUGUGAUAGGUAAAGUGUGUUCACGAUAUAAUUAUGCACAUUUUUAUUUCAUUGGUAAUGUUCAACACUUCCUUUGUCUUUACCACACCCAGGUUUCAUUUUGUCUACGUCAUGUGGAAUCCUCACACGCCCUCUUGUAUAGGAUUAUUGUUACGUUUAUUACUAGGUGGAAUCCAUGUUGAGUUUUAACAGUUUUUUGCGCCCAUACAUCUGCCUCUUUAAUAGUAGCUGGGUUUACUGCUGUUCACUUAUUAGUGCCCUGGGCCUUAACAGCCUCAUUUAAACAAAACCUCUUAAAUGGGGGCAUUAAACAGGUCACAACAGUGAGCCAUUUUGUAACAUUUGGUGCAAUAAAAUGGGUAUGUUGUGUUCUAGAAUAUGAGACCUCUGAGUGCAGCUAUUCAUUUUCUUCAUCUAUAAAACAUUUUAGAAUAACAGCUUACAUCUGUUUGGGGUGUAAGGUUCCACAUUUUGGAGAAACAUCACUGUUAUGUAACUCCAAGCCAGACGUGGGGAGAGAGCUCAUGUUGUGAUGGGCCCAUGUUCUGUGGAAGUCGGAGAAGAGUUUUUUUUUUUUUUUGCCUUAUUUGCUGGCAGUACUUCUUUCACAUGUGUGGAACACAUUUUCAUUAUUGUUCCUUCAUAUUGUAAAUGACAACAAGCAUACAGGAUGAUUUUGACUUGAAGAAUAUUGGAAAACUUUUCACACAUCAGGAGUUUACCUUGUGAGAGAUAUUUCACUACCAGAAAUCAGAAAUAAAUGCAAUUAUUUAAGCAUGUACAGCAUAUUUCAUUCCCUUAGACUGCCAGUUAAUCUUGUUUUAGGAAGUGAAGUUGGGGUUUAUUGUCGGCUCACUUUUAAAAAUAAAUACCCGAUGGAAUGGUUUGGCUGUUUCAGUGUGUGAUUUUUAAACUACUUCUUUAAAAUGAAGGACCAAUUUAAUUUUUAAUAGAGGAAAAUGAGUAAAAUGCUCAUCUGUAGAAUUUAAAAUCUAAAUAGUAUUAAGCAGUAAAUGAGCACAGAUAAUGCACAGUGCAGCUUUAUGGGUUACUUUAGCCAAGAAAUGAAUGAUGCUGGCAUCAACUAUUAAAAUUCCAAAACCUUGUUCAUAUUUACAUUUGGGAGGGGAAAAAUACAAAGAAGAAAAUUAAAUCUUCUAUUAUCCCACUACCUGUUAGUCAUUUUGGGUAUAUUUUACUAAAAAAAAUCCAAAUCCGGUGCCGUUGAGUCGAUUCCGACUCAUAGCGGACCUGUAGGACAGAGUAGAACUGCCCCAUAGAGUUUACAAGGAGCGCCUGGCGGAUUCAAACUGCGGACCUCUUGGUUAGCAGCCGUAGCACUUAACCACAUAUUAUAAAUUUGAACAAUUUUAGAAAAGUGUUAUACAACUGGAAACCGUGGUCGCGUAGUGGUUAAGUGCUACGGCUGCUAACCAGAAGGUGGCGCUCCUUGGAAACUCUAUGGGGCAGUUCUACUCUGUCCUAUAGGUCCACUAUGAGUCGGAAUCGACUGGACAGCAAUGGGUUUGGGAUUUUUUGGUUAUUAUAUGGUUAGUUUUUUGGGGUUUUGAUAAUUAAUUUCAUUGGAAAUUGGUCCUUGGGUUUCAGAGUGGACAGUGUCAACUGCUUUUACAUUUUGGUAACAAAAUACUGAACUACGUUUGACUCCUGCUGCAGGACUUUGACACACAGGGUGAGGUGAUGCUCAUUUAUAAAGGUGACAAACAGAUCCUAUUUUGUCAGCUUAAUCCAGGCUAGUGGCACUGAUUUAUUUUUUCCAGUGGAAGACAGAUUAUGUUUCCAUGACCACUGUCAAGCCCAGGGCCAGAGUGUGUUCCAGCAGAGGAAGACAAAUGAUGCUAGACUUUUAAUUUCUGAUGUAAAUAUAAAUAUUUCAGAAAUAACCUAAUGCCCUAAAUUCAUGUGAAGUUAGAUACCUGUUAAUCCCUUCAAAAUAACAGACAUAUACGCAUAUGCAUAUUGAUAAUGUUUAAAAUCCACAUUUACUUUUCAUUUGCAAAUGAGCUGAAAUGAAAUAAAAUGAACAUUAGGCACUAUUCCUGCCUUUCUUUCUCUCUUACCCCCCCCCCCCAGCCGUUGGCGGUAACUAGACUGCAGAGCCUAGUGGUGGGAUACACUGGAGUUUAUGUAUUUUUAUUUUAGGAAAUAUGGGGGAGAGGUUUUGUUUUAGAAUGUUAGAAGAUUUAAAAGCAAGUAGAUUGUACUGUGAGUAAAUUUAUAUGCAGGUAAAUGCAUUUGAAUGUCUUUUGGGUAGAGGAGUGGUUAGACAAGGUCUCUGGAAUCAGAUUAUCUGGGCUUCCUACUUCCUAAUUGUGGGCCUUAAUUCAAGUUACACAGCGUUUCUGAACUCAGUCUACUCAUCUGUAAAAUGGGGAAAGAAAUAUUAUCUGACUCUCUUAUAGCAUUGUUAUGAACGUUCAAUGAGAUACCAAACCCACUGCCAUUGAGUUGAUUCUGACUCAUAGUGACCCUGUAGGGAGAAUAGAACUGCCCCAUAGGGUUUCCAAGACUAUAAUCUUUACAGAAGCAGACUGCCACAUCUUCCUUCUGCGGAGUGGUUGGUGGGUUUGAACCGCCGAGCUUUUGGUUAGCAGCCAAGUGUUGUAACCACUGCGCCUGCAGUUUUCCUUCAGUGCAAUAAAACUGUGCUUAUUAGUACAGUGCCUAGAACAAGAGAAGUGCUCGGUAAUACCAGCUCUUAGUCACUCAUGGCACUUUGGAAGAAAGACCUCGAGAUCUGCUUCCAAAAACAUCAACCAUUGAAAAUCCUAUGGAGCACAGUUCUACUCUGAUACGCGUUGGUUCUCCGUGAACUGGGGUUAACUCAACAGCAACUGGUUACUUAUAUAAAUAAAGACUUACAAGUGUGGUGAUUAUCUUGACCACUCACACUUCCUUACUGCAGGUUACUCUUUUCCCUGGACUGCGCCUGGUAUUAAAUCAGAAUGUUAGUCCCACUUCUGUCCACUUAGAGCUCGUACACUUCUCCAGUGUUGAUCCUGUGUUUCUUUGAAGUGUGGGGACCCCCCCAUCCCAGACUGGUAGCUCAGGGCAUGGAGCCUGUGUCUCAACUGACUCUUGCAAGCAGUUCUGUCAGUCAUCUGUUCUCUCUUCCCUCCUCUCCCCUCUCUCUCUUCUCCCUCUUCCUUCUUUUCUCUGUUCCCCUAUUGUCUCCCCUUCCUCUCUCCUUACCCUUCUCCCUCUUCUGUCUGUCCCCUCCCUCUAUCCUCUUCUUUCUCUCUUCUUUCCCCUUCUCUUUCUCUCUUCUGGUUUUCUCCCCCUUCUCUCAUCUUCUCUCUCGCCCUUCCUCUCUUCCUCUCAUUUCCUCCUUCCUUACCCUCCUUGCUCCUUUUCUCUCUUCCCUCCCUCUUCCUGCUCCCCCUCUCCCCCCUACUACCUCCCCGCCCCUACUCUCUCUUUCUCCCCUCCCUAUUUCUCUUUUACAUCCCAACACUUUGACUGCUAAGGAGGAGACAGCUCUAGCCCUGAAGCAGAAGAAUGCCAAGUCUUUAGUCUUUAUUGCUUAUGACUUCUGUUGUUAGUUGCUCUCAAGUCACUUCUGACUCAUGACAACCCCAUAUGAGCAGAGUAGAACUGCUCCAUAGGGUUUUCAAGGCUCUGACAUUCUGGAAGCAGGUAGCCAGGCCUGUCUUCCGAGGUGCCUCGGGGUGGGUUCGAACCACCAACCUUUCGGCUAGUUGAGCACUUACCCAUUUGAGCCAUCCAGGGACUCCAUUGCUUAUACUAGGAAAUAUUCAUUUUGUCAUUUCAGUAGCUAGACCCUCCUUGUAUUAUUCUAAUUUUUUCCAUUUCUAAAGGGCCCCACAGCAUCAUUUUAUGUCCCUUGGACUGACAAAGUUAAUAGGGUUCUAUAGGCAGUUACAAUUUAACUCCUUUAAACACUGCUGCAUUCUGCCUGCAAGUUUGGGUAAUGUUAGCUUGGCUGUAUACGUAACGUUAAAGUGAAGUACUGUUUCUAAAUAACAGAUUCAUUUAGUAAUACCAGACAAACUGUGAUUAUUCCCACUUAAUUAAUUUUUUUUUUCCCCCUUC